UACAUCUUCACACUGUUGGAGGGAGAUUCAGAUGAGCCGCUCCUCAGCCUGCGUCUGUCCCAAAACAAGUUCCACUUUCUACAGAAGGGUCACGGUAGCAGGAAACGCAUCACUUUUAAGGCAGUAGGGCUGGAUGAUAACCGCUGGCACACUGUGGUCUUGGCCGUGACGGGACGCUACACAAUUCUCACUGUGGACUGUGGCACACCUCUAGAGCUGGAGCUUGAAAUACCUUUCCCAGAUAAUCUUGAUACAACUGGUUCCACAUUCUUCAUUGCUAGCAGAAGAAGAUGGAACGGUCUAUUUUCUGGUCUGAUACGGCAGCUAGUUUUGUUACCUGGUUCAGAUGCUACCUCACAAAUUUGUCCCUCAUCUGAGCCCCGGCUGUCUGCUCUCUCAGUUCCUCAGGCCCUUUUACACCUGCCAAUCAAACCAUCAUCCACUGACCUUCCCCUACACCCUUAUGCCUUGUGCUUUGAGUUUCUCUUUGGCUCAGAAGAAGUGGUGGUGUUUGAAAGCAGGAAGUUCCUGGUUGUUGCUAACUGCAGAAGUAAGGAUGCAGGGGACCAGGAGCAGUCUGUGAUAUAUAAGUGGAGCUCAAGGAAGCUGAAAUUUAUUCACUAUCAGACUCUGAACACACACAGUGCUCGUGACUGGGAGGCUUUCAACAUUCAAGACGAAACUUUCCUCGCCGUGGCCAAUCAUAGGCAAGGGGAGAGAAACCAUAAUAUUGACAGUGUAAUCUACAAGUGGAACCCAGUUAUUGAGUUUUUUGAGGUCAAUCAGACAAUCCCCACCACUGGUGCUUAUGAUUGGGAGUUUUUCACCAUCGGCCCAUAUUACUUCCUUGCAGUCGCUAACACUUUCAAUGGAAGAUCUACAGUCAUUGAUUCUACCAUCUAUAUCUGGCUGGGAGGGAUGUUUCAGCCUUAUCAGUUCAUUACAACCUUUGGGGCGAUAGACUGGGAGAUGUUCCAGAUUGAAAACAGGGUCUUCUUGGCUGUGGCAAACAGCCAGAUGCUCACGGAGGAGGGCAAGAUUCUGUACUCCAUCAACUCCACCAUCUAUGAGCUCAGCAUGACAUCUCAGACCUUCAUCAAGUUUCAGGAUAUUGAAACGAACAGUGCUUUGGACUGGGAGUAUUUUACUUUGGGAGAUGACAAGUUCCUGGUGGUCGCCAACUCCUACGAUGGAAACUCAUACUCUCUUAAUAGUGUUAUAUACAG